CUCAACACAACACCAUGACGACUCUAUAUCCGAUGCGAAACCUACCCUUCAAUCUGCAGAAUCUAGCUCGCAACUCGAAUCCUCCGUCGCCGUUGAUGUGUCCGAAUUGCGGCCCAAUGAUGCCACUCCAGCAUCCUCCGUCGCAAACGAGCCUGCAAAUGCCACAGGCUCUGUCGCAGACGCGGAUCGAGUAAGGUCAGCAGCCAGCUCUCAUCGAACAUCACCUCAACCGGACGAAGAUUCUGCCGCGCCUGCGAAUGUUGCACGGCCGCUACCCGAGGACGAGGCCCAAUUCGAUGAGCCGGCUCAGCAACUACUGGACAUGCAGAGCCCACAGAAACCUGCCAAAGUGGUACACUUACCAGCUCAGAAGGUACAGGAAGAUUCACUGCGCGAGCGAGAGGCGGAGGAAGCACAGCGACGAUCAGGAUCAGAAUCGGCCAGG